AUGUGCUCUACCGGAUGCUGCUCCAUCGUGAAGAGCAAGACAGUGUGCUGCAGCCAGCCGUGCCAGAAGACUAUCUGCUGCGAACCAUGUCAGAAGACCAUCUGCUGCAGGCCAUGCCAGAAGACCGUCUGCUGCAGCCCCUGCCAGCAGUCCAUCUGCUGCGACCCAUGCCAGAGGUCCUGCUGUGACCCAUGUUGCCAGAAGCCCUGCUGUGACCCAUGCUGCCAGCAGUCCUGCUGUGACCCAUGCCAGAAGCCUUGCUGUGACCCAUGCUGCCAGCAGUCCUGCUGUGACCCAUGCCAGAAGCCUUGCUGUGACCCAUGUUGCCAGCAGUCCUGCUGUGACCCAUGCCAGAAGCCUUGCUGUGACCCAUGCUGCCAGCAGUCCUGCUGUGACCCAUGCCAGAAGCCCUGCUGUGACCCAUGCUGCCAGCAGUCCUGCUGUGACCCAUGCCAGAAGCCUUGCUGUGACCCAUGUUGCCAGAAGCCUUGCUGUGACCCAUGCUGCCAGCAGUCCUGCUGUGACCCAUGCCAGAAGCCUUGCUGUGACCCAUGUUGCCAGAAGCCCUGCUGUGACCCAUGCUGCCAGCAGUCCUGCUGUGACCCAUGCCAGAAGCCCUGCUGUGACCCAUGCUGCCAGCAGUCCUGCUGUGACCCUUGCCAGCAGUCCUGCUGUGACCCGUGCCAGAAGUCCGUCUGCUGUACCAAGGUGUGCCAGAAGUCCUGCUGCAGCUGUAGCCACCCUUGCCCACAGCCCUGCUGCUGCUGUGGCUGCUACCCCUGCUGCUGCUCUGGAUGUCUGUCUUGCUGUUCCUACGUGGUGAAGAAGAAGCCUGUUGUGGUGUGUUGCAGACCCGUGCAGUACUGCUCUCCCAUGAGGAAGUAUUGCAUACCCAUCCAGCAGUGCUGCGCCGCCAUCAAGAAGAGCUGCUGA